AACGUGUUUUUAGACUUGUAAGGUGUUUAUGUAACCUUGAUUUCAUUCUGUUCAAUUUCGCUCAGUGAACGUACACAACUACAGAGCCCUCUAAAUUUAUAAAUAAUAUUGAAUCUAUUCGAUAAAUAUACUGGUGUACUUUUUCAACAAUGUUUUCACAAGUGGCUGUAAUGGUAGUCAUAAUCCGUGUUAGAAGGAAGACAUCUCAAUUAAUCUUUCUGUAUGGAUGUGCACAUAUCACAAUUGGAUAAAAUGAACAGGGAAAGAAUUGCAGUGCUUCAAAAUGUGCAACGUAAAACAUUACAUAAAGCAACAUGUAGUGGUUCCAGUUUUAGAACAAAAUAAGUAAAAAAUAUCGAACGUGAUUUAAUUACUGUGAUCGAAAAAUAACAAUCACGCCUGUGACUGUAUUGUUUACUAUUGGAAAUCGUCAAACAGCGAAUCGACGUGACUCAAAAACACUCUUUUGUAUCCCUCCGCGCCUCUAAAUUGUCCGCCAAACAGAAAAUAUUAAUAUCAACAUUAGCAAACAGUGAUUAGACAAUGCAUUAGACAUCCAAUUUUAUCUUUGGAAUCACAAUCUCAUAUCGCGUGAAUCUAUUUGACAUCUGGUUAGACCCCUCGCUAUUGUCAUUAACAUUGCGUAAUAAAUGCCGUUCAUUCCCUUCCUCACUGUCCUUGUGAAAUACACCUUAAUUCGGUUCCAUGACCUACGAGACGUGUCACCGAUUGUUGUCAGUACAUCUACAUAAAUUUCAUCCACGUCAACUUUCGUAUUCUAGUUUCCCCUAGGAGACAUUUCAUCCGUGACUACAUUUUAACCUAAUUCAGUUCACAUGUGUAUUGGUUUGCACCAGCUUGAUGGAAUAUAUGGGCAAGGGUAAAGACAAGAAUAUGAGAAAAUCCUUUCCCGAUAGCUUAAAAGAUACCAAAAGAUAAUGUACGAAUUUCAUUGGCAUAUUGGAAAUACUUGUUAAUUAUAGAUCCUUUAUGUAUUGCAGAUUACCUGCUAAAUAGUAUGACCUUGUACUGCUGUUGUACAAUACUAAAAUUCUAACACACCUACUAAUCUAACUUAACCUAAUAAAAAUUAGAGUGCCACACUAAAGCACAAAUUGAACAGACAUAUGUAUAUAUGAACGAAUAUUUUAACAUACCCACAUGAAUUUGGAGUCCAAGGCCACGACAAUAAAAGAUGCCUUAAAAAGGUGGGAAGAAAGAAACGGAAAAAGCGUAGCAGAAGCUGUUGACAUUCGGCUGUGUUUCCAGUGGCCUCCUAUUGAAAAAAUGGAUAAUUCUUUAGCAAUACUAGCUAAGUGCGAGAUACUAUCACUGUCAACUAAUAUGAUUGAAAAAAUAUCUGGAAUUAGUAGUUUGAAGAAUCUCAGAAUUCUGUCACUGGGAAGAAACUACAUAAAAACUUUCUCUGGUCUGGAAAGUGUGGGUGAUACACUGGAAGAACUGUGGAUUUCAUAUAAUUUAAUUGAAAAAGUAAAAGGAGUUAGUGUUCUAAAGAAACUGAAGGUACUUUACAUGUCAAAUAAUCUUGUCAAAGAUUGGGCAGAAUUUAACAAACUGCAAGAUCUGCCAAGCUUAGAGGAUCUACUUUUUGUAGGAAACCCACUGUAUGAUAGCCUUGAUGAAGCCACCUGGAAGACAGAAGCAUGCAAACGACUUCCAAAUCUGAAGAAAUUAGAUGGAGAACCUGUUAUCAGAGAAGAAGUACAAGAAUGAAUAUACACACUCUACAAGCCAGUGUGGGUCUUGGCCACCUCCUUUCAGAGGUUUCUUAGCCUUUGAGUGUACAUUUAUGAGUAGUGGGUGACCAUCCCACUGUCUGCACAAUUUCUACUCAAUCCUGAUUUUGUCUGCUAGAGCCAUCUAGUAGAGAAUCAGGAGAGAUGUGGGUGAGAAAUGGCCACUGAAUUUUGCUUAUGAAACAUCUCGU